CCAAUCUCCAUUCUCCAUCUUCAUCUUCAUCUAUUGUAGAAUUAUUAUAUCUACCAUUUUUAAGAUGGAAAGUCAAUAUGCCGUUAUACGGUAUAAUUUUGAUAAGCAGAAGGACUCGAGGACCGGGAUGUGGUACACAACUUGCAAAUGGUGCGGGAAAAAAUGUAGCAUGAGGGUUUCAGGUGGAUACGGGAUGGCAAUGAAGCAUAUUAAGUCAUGUGACAAAGCCAAAGGAUCAGGAGAUUUAUGUCUCAGGGCUCUGCUUCUUAACAGUGAGAACAGCUCUCUUCGAGCCUACUAGAUGGAGGGAUGCUAGGCCUGCAGUUCGGCUCUACCGUCGGUGGCUUCUAAUCUUUCUCAUUAUCAAGGAUUCGACCCAGUUUCUUCUUUCUUUUUUUACUACUCUUUUAUUAUGUUACAAGAUAUAUUAGGUGCUUGUCAUACUAAUGAAUUUAGGAUUCAAAUUGCUUGAUUGCUUGAA